UUGAAGAACGCCUCGGCGACAAUAAUGGUCCUACAUGUCGUGUGGCCUAAGUACUGCGGUGAGAUGGACUGUUCCGCAGCACUUGCUACCGAUGGGGCUAGCUUCAUGUUCAUGUUGGUGCUGAUGCGCCACGUGCAUGUGUUGUUGGAACGACCUCCGUGGACUGCACAGAAGCCUCCAAAACGCCCUUGUACUGGAGUCAAGUACAUUGCAUCUCUAGCGUUGGUCUUCCUCCACAUUGCCUUUGGCCUUGUGAAAAUGCUGAUGGACGACGUCGCCAUCACUCCGUCCGAGGCCAUAGGCACUACCAUUCGUUCAUUCAUGUGGACAAGCUACGCGGUGCUCUUGGCGCGGUACCCGCAUCUAGGCGAAACCUUCCUUGUCCGAGGUGGCGUCGUCCUCCAUGGCACACUGGGCAUCUUGCUUGUUUCUCGUCACGACACCUCCACCAUCUCGUCUUGUUUGAUGUGCUUCAUCGGCGUCUUCUCGGUUCUCUUGGGUUUUCUAGUGCUCCUUCCAUCGUCCUCAUCUCAUCACGCGUUCGACGGCACGUUCAGCCCGUUGGACAGGUCCGGCGUGCUCUCCCGGCUGCUCUACACGUGGGUCUCGCCCUUCAUCGCCCUGGGUCUGCGUCGUCGGUUUGAACUCACUGACGUGCCGCCCCUUCCCGCUGCUGACCGCACGGCCAGCCAUACGUUCCAAAUGGCGCUGCUACAAGAGCGUCGGCAGCCCCACCCUUCGUUUCUGCGACUUGCCGCUCGAUUGUAUGGCUACGAGGUGGUCGGGUUUGGGCUGUGGUCGGCUACGAACAAACUAUUGUCCCUGACAAGUCCAUUUUUAAUCAAAGAAUUCCUCGACUGGUCUAGCUCCAGUAGUCAAACCACUCCAUCUUCAUCAUCGUCGUCGACAACAGGGUUUGUGUUGGCUGGUCUCAUCGGUCUGCAGGCGGUGCUCGCGGCGUUCUCUGGCUCUCAAUACGGCCUGGCAUGGGCGCGCUUCGACUUGCGCGUGCGGGGAGGGCUCAUGUCGGCGAUCUACGGCCGUACGUUGGAGCUAACGCUGGCCGAGCGAAGUGCGAUUGGGAUGGGCAAACUCACAAAUUACAUCUCGGUGGAUGUGGGGCGCGUGGUGGGGAUGCCGGGGGGGGUGUUUGACAUGGUCUUGAUUCCAGUCGAGAUUGUGGUGGCGUUGAUUUUGCUGUCCAGGGAAGUGUCGUAUGCGUUCGUGGCGGGUCUCGUGGUGCUUGGUGUCAUGUUGCCGAUGCAGACAUGGCUGGGCAACCAACUUCAAAGCAUCACGCGCAACAUGCUGCAGUUCCGCGAUGACCGCGUGGAGCUAUCGUCAGAAGCAAUCAAAUCCAUUCGGGUGCUCAAGCUACUGGGCUGGAUGGAUUACUUUGUGGGGAAAAUGGCUGCGAGUCGGCAGCUCGAGAUGGGCCAACUCGGCGCCCGCAAGUACCUCGAUGCGCUUUGCGUUGUAUUUUGGGCAUCCACACCCGUGGUGGUGCAGUCAGCGGUGUUUGUGGCUGUGAUUUACUCUGGCCAUGACCUCACAGCGGCCAACGCGUUCGUGGCCAUAGCGCUGCUUGACCGGCUCAUCUACCCCAUGAACUACUUUCCGUGGAUCAUCAACGGGUUCCUUGAGGCGCGGGUGUCGGCGCUUCGCCUCCGAUCGUUCUUGUUUGCUCCCGUCGUGUCCUCGUCGGCGGCGACUCGGCAGGCGUCUGUGAGUUUGUGGCACCAAUGUACGUUUGCAUGGACACCAAACCCAUCAGCCCCCAAAGAAGGAGAUGGCGACGGGGAGGAGGAUGCGGCAGCCAACCCCACGAUGGCCUUGUUGACUCGCGGCGGCGACGACGUCGUUACAAGUCGACCCGCCGCCUCGUUCGAAUGUCAUUUGGAGCAUUUUCAACUCGAUCCAACACACAUGCAUGUACUCGUGGGCGCGUCCGGCAGUGGCAAGUCGUCCAUGCUGCUCGCGAUGCUCGGAGAAAUGCCCAUGGUUCACGGCCGACACAUUGGACCUCCGCGCCUGACGUCAUACGCGCCCCAAGUGCCGUGGUUGUUUGCCGCCACCAUUCGGUACAACAUCACCCUCGACGCCGACGACAAGUCGACGUCAUCCGACCUGUACCGCCGCGUCCUAGCUGCGUGUGCCCUGGAGCAAGACUUGGCAUGUCACCCCCUCGGAGACCUCACCGUGUUGAGCGACCAUGGGGCCAACUUGAGCGGCGGACAGCGGGCGCGACUCGGCCUCGCUCGGGCCCUGUACCAACGUGCCGACGUGUACUUGCUGGACGACGUCAUGGGCAGUCUAGAUGUGGCCACCACCGCCCAUGUCCUCCGGUCGGCACCUGCCGUUCUUCCACCCGCCGCCUCGGUUGUGCUCGCCACCCACGCCGUGCACCUGCUGGAGCAUAUUGCCCGACCGUACUCGAUUCUCGUGCUGGAGCAUGGUCGGGUCGUGGAAGUGGGCUCGUAUGCCGAGCUGACAUGCCGCGAAUCCACCAGAUUUCGAACCAUGUUGCAAGUCGCUAGUGGCGUAGUAGUAGGUGGCACCUCGGAAGCCAAUGUUGACAAGGACGACAAUGGCCAAACCAGUAGCAGCAGCCAGCGGGAAACAGUGUCGCCGCCACAUCAAUCAAGCAAUACCCCCGACGAAGAACAUCGCGACGAUGGGGUGGUCGCUGCCUGGAUGUGGUGGCAGUACCUGCGCUCGAUGGGCGUCUGUGUGUUGGGAAUGCUGGCGCUAUCGGUACUUGUCAUGCAAGUGAGUCGCAACGGCCUGGACUACUGGAUCGCGUCGUACACGUCGUCGUCCGUCCACCACCCGAUCUCGCCGCCGACAUUUGCGCGGGGCCUCGUGGUCAUCACCGCCAUCAACAUCGUGGCCGUGGCAGCGCGGUCGUUCCUGUUUGCAUAUGGAGGGCUCCGCGCCGCCAACGCCCUCUACCGCCGCCUCGUCCAUCGACUGGUGCGCGCGCCGCUCACGUUUUACGACAUCACACCCGUCGGUCGGAUCCUGAAUCGGCUCGGCGGCGACACGUACGGCGUGGAUGAAAGCCUCCCGUUCAUCCUCAACAUCUUCAUCAAGGACGCGGCGGACGUGUGCGGCACGCUCGUGAUACUCGUCCUGACGACCCCCGCCGUGUUCUUGGUGCUUGGGCCGCUCACCAUCGUGUACUUUGCAUUGCAGCAGUGGUAUCGCCCGACGUCGCGGCACCUCCGCCGCCUGGACGCUGUCGCACAGUCGCCGCUGGUCAUGAUGUUCCAGGCGACGCUGGACGGACUGCCCAUCCUGCGAGGGCUCAAAUGCGAGCCCCAGUGGUUUCGGGUGUACCUUCAUCGGCUGCAUCAAGCGCAGCGCGUGAGUUUCCUGGCGUCAGGCGCCGGCGCGUGGUUCGGACUCCGCCUCGAUAGCCUCGGGGUCGCGGUCACGACCUUUGUCGCCGGGUACGCGGCGGUGCAAUGCUACGUCGGGCGCCCGAUUCCGUCCGGCGUGCUCGGCCUCACAUUGAUCUACGCGCUACCAAUUGUGGGAAAAUGCAACGCGAUCCUCUCCAGUUUCAUCGCGACAGAGCAAAACAUGGUUAGCGUCGAGCGGGUGCUCGAGUACGCCUCUGUUCCAGUCGAAGAGGAGGACGAUGGUUCGGCGAGGGGGGGCGCGGCCGCCUCUUUGACUGUGGACGGACAGACGACACGGCACGACCAUUUGGUGAAUUGGCCGCCGCUCGGCCACGUCACUCUCACAAACGUGUCUGUGCGAUACGGUGCAGACGAGGUGCCGGGGCUUCCAGCUGCGCUGCAUGGCGUCACCUGUCACAUUAUGGCCAAAGAGAAGGUCGGCAUCUGCGGCCGCACGGGCGCCGGCAAGAGCACGCUGCUUCAGUGCCUCUUCCGCGCCGUUCCGUUUGGAGGUCGCAUUGUUAUUGACGGCAUCGACAUUGCGUCCAUGUCGCUGACGCGGCUGCGGGCGUCGCUGUGCUUUGUCCCGCAGGACGCCGUGCUCUUCAAAGGCAGCAUCCGCGCGAACGUUGACCCCAUGGACAGCCUGACGGAUGCCGCCAUCUGGACGGCUCUCGCGCAGUGCUGUUUGAAGGACGUGGUCGAAGCGUUUCCCCUCGGGUUGAUGGAACCGCUGCUGCAGGGGGGCGACCAAGGAAGACUUAGUCGAGGCCAAGCCCAGUUGCUGUGCAUAUGCCGCGCCCUCUUGCGGAAAUCCAAGGUCGUGUGUGUGGACGAGGCGACUGCCUCGAUCGAUCAUGCGACUGAACAGUUGGUCCAGUCGGUACGUGAAGAUGGGAAGACUCGAGCCUUUUGGCGUGACGUGUGUGAUGUGUAGACCAUGGCGCAGGCGUUCAAGGACUCGACGGUGCUCACAGUCGCGCAUCGCUUGCACACGAUCCUCGACUCGGAUCGGGUGCUCGUGCUGGACGAAGGCAAGGUCGUCGAGUUCGACAGCCCGACGACCCUUCGGUCGAUCCCAAACGGCUACUUUGCGGCGCUAGUGGACGGCCACACUGCGUCGUCGUCAUCUAGCUAAUGCUCGUGUCCAUUAUCAUGUACAUCCUCCUCUAAGAUCUCUCUUUCAACACGGCGGGUACACUUGUAUCCUCGUCCGCCAGCGUGGGGUGGUUUCAUCGAAACGUCUGUAACAUCGCCCGGAGGUGCGACUUUGCCCAACUGCAUAAAAUAAACAUCGACACCCAGGCAUACAAAUAUCAAGUUCAGGACGGAAACAGACAUUUAAUU